AUCAUAUCCGUCUGUUUUCUGGUGAGUAUUGAACUAAGUAAUUUACUUUUGAAGUUCUUUUGAAAAAGUUGAAUAACAUUUUUGUUUCAGUUUGUAUAGGAUUCAGUUUAGUUGAAUGUAUAAGCCACUUCCCUUGAGGGUUCUCAACCAUAGAUUGAUAUUCGUUUGCUUCUUGAUAUCAUGUAUGAUAUCUUUGUUUUGGUACGAUUUAAUAAUCUCAACUGAUACAGAGAUUCAAUUCUCUGAAGCAGCUUCUCUACCUGACAACUCUUCAUCGGAAACCUCAUGCGAUGAAGAAAAUUCCAUGUCAGCAAAUCCAGUCGACUGCUCCACGUUCUACAAAUGCGUCAGAGGAUCUGCCAUCCUCACCCGGUGUCCCAAGGACUUUGAAUUCAACGAGCAAUGGAAACUGUGUACCUGGCCGGAACAGGCCAACUGUACUCGGGGAGUAACGGAUAACAGUAACGGUGAUCAAAGUAGCAAUGUAACAGAUACGGGGCAGCCGUUCACUAUGAUUUUCGACAAGUACUUUCCGGACUUGAAGAAAUGGGAAGCCCGCAUCUCGAACACGACCCUGCUGAACAUAGCAGGCGAGCCGCAGUCGCAAGCGGUUAUCGAAGCUGACGUCAUCAUUUUCCGAAAAGACACCGCCAUCAAUCGGCAUAAAAUACAAAUUCACAACGCCGAGCAGCUGGAAAACAGCACCGCGGUCGCCGCCAUGUUGGAGAGGUACACCGUUUCCUGCGCCAUCUUGAAUUUGAAGUAUCGCAUGGUGGCCGAUUUCCCGGAACCCCCUCCCUGGUGUCUGCCGCAUCUCGUCAAUAAGGUCGCCAGUACCACGAACUUGCAACGGGCCUACCAUUUUCUUAAUCGUGUCAGCGAGUAUUAUCAUUGAAUUUGAAAAAUUCUAAAUCUUCAAAUUAAUAAAUUUUUAUAUUUAUGAAUAUAUAUUAAUCUUAAAAUUUUGAAUUUUUUAUUUUGAAGUAAUUAUUAAAGUUAAUGUUCUAGGAGAUUGGUAUAUUGUGAAAUUAGUGAAUGCUCAGUAACUGAUCAAGUAUAAUCGUAAUACUGUAGUUCGAUCACAACUACAGUACUAUAGAGUACUAUUCUGACUGAAUAAUAGUACAGUUGUACAAUAGUAGUAUAAGUGACUAUAGUGAGACUCACGUAAUCACGUAAGUCAUUGCAAAUUAAAGGAAGAAAUUUUUACCACUUCUACUUUUUACCGCCUUAUACAGCAGAUAGCUGUGAUUCAAAUUCCAAGUAUAUCUGGGUACAUAUCUUUUGUUGAUUAUUGUUAAUGAAAAUAGAUUCCAUUUGAAACAC